AUGGAGGAUGAAACAGCGGAUGGUUAUAUAAAAUUUCCAUUUUCAGAAGAGAUCGCCAUGGUAGAAGUGCCAAAGAGGUUCAGCACACCCAACAUGGCAAUGUAUGACGGAACAACAGAUCAUGAUGAGCGCGUAUCCCUCUACAAGCAGAAGAUGAUGACAAGCUCAAUCCCCAGAGACAUCAGAGAAUUCAUCAUGUGCAAAGGCUUCGGAGCCACAUUAUCAGGUCCAGCCCUAACUUGGUUCAUUAAUUUAGAUAAUGGGACAAUUCGAUCUUUUGCAAGAAUGGUGAAUCUAUUCAAGAUCCAAUUUGCUAGUAGCAGAAAAAUUGAGAAGCAGUCCUCAGAUCUGUACCGUGUUGUGCAAAGAUAUGGUGAAUCCUUAAGGGACUAUCUUAACAGGUUCAACAGAGAGAAGAUUGGGAUACACAAAUGUGAUGCCCCUGCAACAAUCGAAGCAUUCAAAAGAGGGCUGCUAGACCAUAGUGAGCGCUACAAAGAGUUGACCAAAUAUCCCUGUACGACCUUCGAGGAUGUGCAAGCCAAAGCAAUGGCUCAAGUCAGAUUUGAAGAAGAUGUCUAUGCAAGAAAGACCCUAGAUCCAGAUCGCCAGUCAAUAAGGAGCAACAACUUUCCCAGAAGAGACCAUCGAUUCAAGCCGUAUCAGCGUUCUCGCUUUGAUGAAGGAUCAAUCAAUGCUGUCGAGGAAGAAUUCUCAGAUUGGAGGGAGGAUCUUGAACUCCCACCUAAAUUGCAUGAAUAUUAUUUCAAUGUUAACCCUGCAGGAGUAAUUAGAACUUUGAAUAAGAUGGGAGACACCGAGGUUGCUUACCUAUUGAAGAAAGGGUAUCUCAAAGAACUUCUAUCAGACAGAUCCAAAGCUCUAGGAGAGGAAAUAGAAUCCAAGAAAGGAGGCCCCCACCCUCCUCCUCUAAUGGUCAAAACUAUCUGUUUCAUAUCAGGAGGGUCAGAAGUAUGCGACCAAACAUACUCAGCAGCGAAGAGGCAUGCAAAGGAAAGCAAUAAAGAUCAGCCUGAUAGGAGGGAAAGGUAA